UCAGCGCCGAGGUCGCGUGCAGGUGAGCUGCUGCGGGUCACGGGGCGUCCCUGGCUCCCGCCACCUCCCUCCCCUCCAGGUGGUCUUUCCCAUUGCCCCAGGCCGACUCGGAGGGACCAGAUCACUGGCGAGGUGACAUCUCUAACCAUGAUGAACCAGACAUAAGGCCUUGGCUUUGAAAAAUAGAGGUGUAUAUGUGUAUAUUGUCUUACCCUGAAGAUCAAGUCCUUUGAAAAUGACUUCAAAACUUCUUUGGGUGUCCUUCAUACUUGCUGCAUUAACACUUUCAGUGACAUUUUCUCUCCAGCCGGACGAGCAAAAGGUUCUACUAGUUUCAUUUGAUGGAUUCCGUUGGGAUUACUUAUAUAGAUUCCCAACACCCCAUUUUCAUUAUCUUAUGAAAUAUGGUGUUCAUGUGGAGCAAGUUACUAAUAUUUUUAUUACAAAGACCUACCCUAACCAUUAUACUUUGGUAACUGGCCUCUUUGCAGAGAAUCAUGGGAUCGUGGCAAAUGACAUGUUUGAUCCUAUUCUGAACAAAUCUUUCUCCUUGGAUAACAUGAAUAUUUAUGAUUCUGAGUUUUGGGAAGAAGCAACGCCAAUAUGGAUCACAAAUCAGAGGGCCGGACAUGCUAGUGGUGCAGCCAUGUGGCCCGGAGCAGAUGUAAAAAUACAUGAGAGCUUUCCAACGCACUACAUGCCUUACAACGAGUCCGUUUCAUUUGAAGAUAGAGUUGCCAAAAUUAUUGAGUGGUUUACAUCAAAAGAGCCCAUAAAUCUUGGUCUUCUCUAUUGGGAAGACCCUGAUGACAUGGGCCACCAUUUGGGACCUGACAGUCCACUCAUGGGGCCUGUCAUUUCAGAUAUUGACAACAAGUUAGGGUAUCUCAUACAAAUGCUGAAAAAGGCAGAGUUGUGGAACGUUGUGAACCUAAUCAUCACAAGUGAUCAUGGAAUGACCCAGUGUUCUGAGGAAAGGGUAAUUGAACUUGACCAGUAUUUGGAUAAAGACCACUAUAUCCUGAUUGACAAGUCUCCAGUAGCAGCCAUCUUGCCAAAAGACGGUAAAUUUGAUGAAGUCUAUGAAGCACUAGCUCGGGCUCAUCCUAAUCUUACCGUUUACAAAAAAGAAGAGAUUCCGGAAAGAUGGCAUUACAGAUACAACAGUCGCAUUCAACCGAUCAUAGCCGUGGCUGACGAAGGGUGGUAUAUUCUACAGAACAAGUCGGAUGACUUUCUGUUAGGCAACCACGGUUAUGACAAUGCAUUAGCAGAAAUGCAUCCAGUAUUUCUAGCCCAUGGUCCUGCCUUCAGAAAGAAUUUCACAAAAGAAGCCAUGAACUCGACAGAUCUCUACCCCCUGCUCUGCCACCUCCUCAAUAUCACUGCCAUGCCUCACAACGGAUCGUUCUGGAAUGUCCAGGAUCUGCUCAGUUCAACGACUCCAAGAGCAAUUCCUUCUACGCAGAGUGCUACACUCCUCCGUGGUAGUGACAAACCAAGAGAAUAUGAGCAAGAGGAGUCCUAUGCUUAUUUCAUAGGGGUCUCCCUUGGUAGCGUUAUCGUUGUCGUUUUCUUCAUAGUUUUCGUUAAACAUUUAAUUCGCAGUCAAAUACCUGCCUUACCAGAUAGGCAUGCUGAAAUAUCUCAACCAUUAUUACAAGCCUAAUGCUGCUUUUAAGUGGAGAUUGCAUAGUUGUGUCAGUGUUUAAAGGUUUCAAAUUCUAGGAAGCCAGGUUCAGACAUUCGCGCAGACCGUUGAGCAGUUAUAUACGUAUGCAGGCGCAGUCACUCACACACACGGACCAAAGUACACAUACCUGCAAAGGCUUAAAGAUGUGGAAGUAAGUUUCCAUUGUUCUCUCUGGCUUAGGGGUAGAUAAGAUCCUGCUUUAUUUGGACUUGGCACAUAUAAUGUACAUACUUGUCAACUUUGCACUAUUUAAAGUACCUUAUAUACUGCACUUUAAAUUACUCUCCUAAUGGGUACUUUUAUGUGAAAUGCACUUUAUUGACAAUUAUGUCUUACAACUUGGUUGAAAAAGACAACUUUUUUUGCCCAUGUCACAGAAUACUUGUUAUUCAUUGUUCAAACUGAAUGAAAUUUCUAGUAAUUUCUAAGUAGUGUAGAAAUCUAUCUUCUUACAUUGGGAGAGCAAGAAGAAUGUGAAAAUUGUUGAAAAUCAACUGUGACGACCUUUGUACGUUGAACUUGGGAGAGAGACAUUCCCAAUGGCGGGAUGCACCUGUUAGCCUUCCUGUUGUAUUUCUUUCAAAGGACGUGGAUUUUCAUUUUGUUUUCCCCAAAAAUGAGACUAAAUACUGACAGAUUCUUUCUAAAUAUAUUGUUUCUGUCGUAAAAUUCAUUACUGUUAUUUCCUGAUUAGUCAUUUUACUCAUAUUUUUGUAAUAAUGAAGACACCGUGAAUUUACAUUUCUUUCCCAUGUAGUCAUACACUGGCCUGACUAGAAGAGAUCGGGCACCAUCUCAGCAAUGUUUUCUCUUGUUCUCUAAUUACUUGCUGCUUUGAAAACUAAAUCACUAUUAAUCACAUUAAAAAUCAAAUUAGGUAAAACAAUGGUUUUUAUCUGCUAACGUGGUAACAGAGCACAAGCAUUUAGGUUUGAGCAUUUGAAGGUCCAGAAUUGCAAGAGCACAAACUGCAUUACGUGGAGUUAGGCCGCUCAGUCCUUGAAAAGAGCUACGUGGAGCUGGGGGAAAAAUUAGGCCGGACCAUUGUUCACAGUGUACCCAGAACAGUGCUAAAGGGUGCCUGAGGGCAAAAACUAGCGGAGUGAGUCUUAGAGGUCACAGGUAUUGAAGCAGAAGGAGCUGAGAUUAUACUUUUGUUUCUUGAAGUAUUGGAAUACCCACUCAACCAGGUGCUCAGUGCGAUCCGGGGUGAAUCCAAGUUCACAAAUAGACUUCUACCUCCUGGGUGGUAUUUUCAUCUGUCUGGUCAUCUCAGCUCCUCUCAUUCUAAGCAUUACACAGUCUAAAGCUGUGGUUUAGAUCUCAUGAGUAGUCAGGUUCGGGAGAGGGCAGUGUUACCUAAGGUUUCUUAGGGGAAAGAGGAAGCCCCAGAAAGAACACCUUUCCUUGAAGAAAAUAGAAACCACUUUAUAGACACAUGGCCCAAAUAUUCUGAUUUUGUGUGUAUUUACGCGCCAACUGGCUACUAAGUAGUUAAAAUGAUAUAUGUAUUCCGGAAAGAAAGAAUAAAUUAGUUGUAAAGAAUAAAAGUGGCAUAGUUAAAAAUAUAAUUGAAUUUAAGUGCUUCCUAAAAUAAGGUGAAUGAAUUAUUUUUUUAAGUGAAAAUACCAAUAAAGAAUGUUGGCACCUAAUUCUCCUUUUGUUAUACAACCUCUUAAUAAGAUAGAAUGGAAUCACUGGAAAUGUACCAUAGAUUAAAAAGCUGAGAAGUGAAAUGGUAGACAGCAAACUCAAAAAGUCUGAACUCUGGAUUAGACGCUUUGGAAUUUGUGACCACUUAUGUUGGCCUGCUUUGUAGGUAGGAACUUAUCUGCCUUUUCGAGAUGCCAAUAUAAUGACUGAAAGAUGAAAUUGGUCUAUUUAAAAGCAUUACUCUUCAAGUGCUCUGUGUACAUUUAAACUAAUUACUGCAUUAAAUUCAUUUUAGAAGGUGCUACUACCUUAGUAGUAAGAAGAAAGUAAAUUCUGUCACGUAGAUGAAAUCAUUAAAAUUCUGCUAUGAA